GGAGCAUGAGGCGAGCGCCGGCCCGGGCGAGGCGCGGCUUCGGGGGCCGGGGCGCCGCCGCCGUCUGAGCCGCUGCGCCCGCGAGGCCCGGCGCGCGGAUGGUGCCGGAGCGGCUCGGCUGCUGACCGCGCGUCCCGCCCUCCCGCCCCUCCCCCACGCGGUGGUCUCCCCUCCGGCCCCGCCCGGCAGAGCCAUGUCUCGGGGCGGCUCCUGCCCACACCUGUUGUGGGACGUGAGGAAGCGGUCCCUCGGGCUGGAGGACCCGUCCCGGCUGCGGAGCCGCUACCUGGGAAGAAGAGAAUUUAUCCAAAGACUGAAACUUGAAGCAACCCUGAAUGUGCAUGAUGGCUGUGUUAAUACAAUCUGUUGGAAUGAGACUGGAGAAUAUAUUUUAUCUGGCUCAGAUGACACCAAGUUAGUAAUCAGUAAUCCUUACAGCAGAAAGGUUUUGACAACAAUUCGUUCAGGGCACCGAGCAAAUAUAUUUAGUGCAAAGUUCUUACCAUGCACAAAUGAUAAGCAGAUUGUGUCCUGCUCUGGGGAUGGAGUAAUAUUUUAUACUAAUGUUGAGCAAGAUGCAGAAACCAACAGACAAUGCCAAUUUACGUGCCAUUAUGGAACUACCUAUGAGAUUAUGACUGUGCCCAAUGACCCAUAUACUUUUCUCUCUUGUGGUGAAGAUGGAACUGUUCGGUGGUUUGAUACACGUAUCAAAACUAGCUGCACAAAAGAAGAUUGCAAAGAUGAUAUUUUAAUUAACUGCCGACGUGCUGCCACAUCUGUCGCUAUUUGCCCACCGAUACCAUAUUACCUUGCUGUUGGCUGUUCAGAUAGCUCAGUACGAAUAUAUGAUCGGCGAAUGCUGGGCACAAGAGCCACAGGGAAUUAUGCAGGUCGAGGAACUACUGGAAUGGUUGCCCGUUUUAUCCCUUCCCAUCUUAAUAAUAAGUCCUGCAGGGUGACAUCGCUGUGUUACAGUGAAGAUGGCAGAGAGAUUCUUGUUAGUUACUCUUCAGAUUACAUAUAUCUUUUUGACCCGAAAGAUGAUACAGCGCGAGAACUUAAGACUCCUUCUGCGGAAGAAAGAAGAGAAGAGCUACGACAGCCUCCAGUGAAGCGUUUGAGACUUCGUGGGGAUUGGUCAGAUACUGGACCUCGAGCGAGGCCUGAGAGUGAACGAGAACGAGAUGGUGAGCAAAGUCCCAACGUGUCACUGAUGCAGAGAAUGUCUGACAUGCUGUCGAGGUGGUUUGAAGAAGCAAGCGAAGUUGCACAGAGCAACGGAGGACGAGGACGGUCUCGGCCACGAGGUGGAACGAGCCAGUCGGAUGUGUCCGCUCUUCCUACGGCCCGCUCAAGCGCUGGUUUGGAAGUGGGGGAAAGUGCGAUGGAAGUAGAUCCUUCGGCUGGCCAGUCGCUUGAGCCUUCCACGUCCCCUGCAGUGUCUGCGCAGGCUCACCUGACGCCCUCCUCUACAGAAAGCCCUCCUCCUGCUUCCUCGCUGUCUUCCCCAGACCGUGAGCACAGGCAGCCUGUGGAGGCAUCUGGACGCCGCACGCAUCAUCAGUCUGAAUUCUUGCGGGGGCCUGAGAUAGCUCUGCUCCGCAAGCGCCUGCAACAGCUGAGGCUUAAGAGGGCUGAGCAGCAGAGGCAGCAAGAACUGGCUGCGUGCGCCCAGCGGCCUUCCACUUCCGAGCAGUCCUCUCCCGAGGGCUCUUCACAGGACCCGCAGGCUUCAGAUUCUCCUUCUUCUGUGGUUAACAAACAGCUCGGAUCCAUGUCACUUGACGAGCAACAGGAUAACAAUAAUGAAAAGCUGAGCCCCAAACCAGGGACAGGUGAACCAGUUUUAAGUUUGCACUACAGCACAGAAGGAACAACUACAAGCACAAUAAAACUGAACUUUACAGAUGAAUGGAGCAGUACUGCCUCAAGUUCUAGAGGGAAUGGAAGCCACUGCAAAUCUGAGGGUCAGGAGGGACCCUUGGCCCCAGAGAGCUCAGUGCAGCCACCGGGAGACAGCGACACCAAAGUUCUUGAAGAACCAUCAGAGGAUGUGACCUCAUGUCAGGAAGGUACCUCUGCAGAAAGCACAGUUGAGAACCGUGUAGACACAGCACAGUCAGAUACACUCAAAUCUGAGCCCUUGGAUUCCAGCUCAGGAGAAAGAAAUGACUUCAAUCUUGAUAGUUCCUAUGGGGUUCCAGAAGAACCCACUUUGUCUGAACAAGACAAAGAACCAGGAACUCCAGAGCAGACUAGCACUGAAGGUGCUACCAGUCGAAACCCCACCAGUCCUGAGCCUCAGUCACAAACAGAAGCCAUCGGGCCUUCGGCUCCUGAGGAGACAUUAGCCAGGGACUCUGCUCUCCCGGACACAGAUGACAGUGACGACGACCCAGUCCUGAUCCCAGGUGCAAGGUAUCGAGCCGGACCUGGUGACAGAUUUAAUAUCAGAGGAACAACAGUAGGUGAUAGAAUAAUGAGACGCUCUGCUGUUGCCCGCAUCCAGGAGUUCUUCAGGCGGAGGAAAGAAAGGAAAGAAAUGGAAGAAUUGGAUACUUUGAACAUUAGAAGGCCACUAGUAAAGAUGGUUUAUAAGGGCCAUCGCAACUCCAGGACAAUGAUAAAAGAAGCCAAUUUCUGGGGCGCUAACUUCGUGAUGAGCGGCUCGGACUGCGGCCACAUCUUCAUCUGGGACCGCCGCACCGCUGAGCACCUGAUGCUUCUGGAGGCCGACGACCACGUGGUCAACUGCCUGCAGCCGCAUCCGUUUGACCCAAUUCUAGCCUCAUCUGGCAUAGAUUAUGACAUAAAGAUCUGGUCACCACUAGAAGAGUCCAGGAUUUUUAACCGAAAACUUGCUGAUGAAGUUAUAACUCGAAACGAACUCAUGCUGGAAGAGACCAGAAACACCAUCACGGUCCCGGCCUCUUUCAUGCUGCGGAUGCUGGCUUCGCUGAAUCAUAUCCGAGCCGACCGGCUGGAGGGCGACAGAUCAGAAGGCUCCGGUCGGGACGAUGAAAGCGAGGAUGAGGAAUAACCAGCUCUGAGCGGCGAGCACUCGACGGUCUGAGAUUUGUAGAAGACAUUCAUUGUCUUUUUUCUUUACAGAGCUUUAGUGCAAUUUAAGGUUAUGGUGUUUCAGAGUUUUUCCCUUUUUCGGGAUAACCUAACAUUGGUUUGCAAUGAUUGUGUGCAUGGAUUUGGGAGAGUGUGUCAAACAAAACUAGCAAAAUGUUUUAAAAACUUCUUGCCAUGUGUGAGGAGUGCUAGAAAAUGCAAAGUGCAAUAUUUUCCCUAACCUUCAGAUAUGAGCGCUUGGAUCAGUGUGGAAGAGUAAUUUUCAUUAUAGUGAAAAUGUUGGUCAAAUGAAUUUCUACACUUGCCAUUUGCAUGUUUGUUGCUUUCUAAUUAAAGAAGUUGGUUGUUUUAAGAUAUCCU